AAUGAAACAACAGGAAGUUACCUGAGUGGUCUUCACAGAUUUUCAGGGGACUCAGAAAGAAAGGACCUGAGUGUGACCAUGGAGAUCUCCCAGCCUGCCCUGCUUCUCACCCACCCUGUCCCCACCUAGGCUAGGAAGCCAGAACUUCUGAGUUGCUCACAGCGGGUGGGGGCAGGGGCCUCCUUCUUCAGAACGUCACCCUGUUAAACUUCCUCUCUCAGCCACACAGGAAGCUGAGCAGAUCAGGGGCCCUGCCCCAAGCAAGCACAGGCUCCCCCAGCCCCAGGAGCCCAGGGGGAAAGGGCCCAGCUGGGCCAGCCCUGCGGAGACCAUGGGAUCCACAGAGAAAAAACAACCCCCUGCUGUGUUUGACUGGUUCUUCGAAGCAGGCCGCCCCCACUCCCUGGAGGAGGAUCCCCAGAUCCUGCGGCAGUUCCCGCCCGACUUCCAGGAACAGGAGGCCAUGCAGAUGAUACCCAAGUUCUGUUUCCCUUUCGACGUAGAAAGGGAGCCGCCCAGCCCCGCGGUCCAGCAUUUCACCAUCGCCCUCACUGACCUGGUGGGCACCCGUAGAUUUGGCUUCUGCCGCCUGCGUGCCGGUGCAUGCAGUUGCCUCUGUAUCCUCAGCCACCUUCCCUGGUUUGAAGUGUUCUACAAGAUCCUCAACACUGUGGGGGACCUCCUAGCCCAGAACCAAGUCUCAGAAGCCGAAGAACUCCUACAGAACUUGCAGCAACACCCUCUCCCUGGACCAGGGUUUUCAGGGGAACCAGAGAUGGGCAGCAGCUCGGCCAUCUGGAGCCAGUGUGGGAUCCUGCCUCCUGCCCUGGGGAAGGGCAAGCCGCUUUCUUGUUUUGUGGACCCUGUGGACCCGGAUUCUGCCGGCCUGCCGUCAAUUCCUGAGAACAGGAACCUCACGGAGCUGGUGGUCGCUGUGAGGGACGAGAACAUCGUGGGGCUCUUCGCGGCGCUGCUGGCCGAGAGGAGGGUCUUGCUCACCGCCAGCAAGCUCAGCACGCUGACAGCCUGCGUUCACGCGUCCUGUGCUUUGCUCUAUCCCAUGCGCUGGGAGCACGUCUUGAUUCCCACGCUGCCCCCACACCUGCUGGAUUACUGCUGCGCACCCAUGCCCUACCUCAUCGGAGUCCACGCUAGUCUCGCUGAGAGAGUUCGGGAGAAGGCACUGGAAGACGUGGUGGUGUUGAACGCUGACUCCAACACGCUGGAGACGCCCUUUGACGACGUGCAAGCGCUGCCCGCAGACGUUGUAUCCCUGCUGAGGCUUCGACUAAGGAAGGUGGCGCUGAGCCCCGGGGAAGGGGUGUCCCGACUCUUCCUAAAAGCCCAGGCCCUGCUCUUCGGAGGGUACCGCGACGCCCUUGUCUGCAUCCCGGGUCAGCCGGUGACCUUCAGCGAAGAAGCUUUCUUGGCGCAGAGGCCGGGGUCGCCGCUGCAGACCUUCCACAAGAGGGCGGUGCACCUGCAACUGUUCAAGCAGUUCAUCGAAACCCGACUGGAAAAACUCAAUGCUGGGGAAGGCUUCUCAGACCAGUUCGAGCAAGAGAUCAUUGCCUGCUGUGGGGCUUCCUCAGGAGCCCUCCGAUCCUACCAGCUCUGGGUAGAUAGUCUUAAGAAAGGUGGUGAUGCCCUCUUGCAUUCGAUGAAGGCCAAAACCCGACCAGCUGUCAGGAACAUGUACCGAUCGGCAAAGAGUGGCUUGAAGGGGGUGCAGAACCUGCUUAUGACUAAGGUAAGACCCAGGGUGAGUUCCCCACCCACAGGUAAUUCAGGGGACUGGGGCGGUACCCCAGCCCACAUGUGCAUCCCUUCACAGGAUGGAGACUCUGGCCUGCAGAGGGGAGGCUCCCUGAGAACCCCAAGCCUCGUCAGCCGCUCAGAUCGCCUGCAACAGCGCCUGCCCAUCAGCCAGCACUUUGGGCGGAACAGGCCCCUCCGCCCUAGCAGGAGGCUCAGAAGAGAAGAGGGACCUUCUGAACCCCUCGGGGAGAGGAGCCCUGCCUUGAGCCCCGAGGACACCCAGAGUCCCUGGGCAGAGGAAACUCUAGACGGCAGCUUUUUGGGGUCCGGAGAAGAACUGGAUCUGUUGAGCGAGAUUCUAGACAGUCUAAGCGUAGAAACCAAGAGUGGCGGCCGGCUGAGGGCCAGCCAGAGCUUGAGCUGCUGCCAGCAGGGGGCGUCGGAGAGCUGCUUCAGUCUGCCUGACAUCCCAUCGAGGUCACCAUGGCAACUGGAAGAGGAUGAGCAUCAGCGAUCCCCGGAGCUCCAGCCCUGGUCCUUGCCAGGGGACCUGCAGUCUCUUCAGGACACUCCAUCUUUAGAGGUUACAAGCUACUCCAUGAACUGUUCCCAGGAGCCCUCAGACAUCUCUCCGCAAGCAUCUUCAGCCACUUCAGCAGACCCCAGCUACCAAGGGGACCCCGAAUUCUCUGCUCCCACCAAGCCGGAUCCUAGAAUCCCACAAAGCCCUUGCUCCAGGCUCCUCCCAGUGCCCACUCAGCCCAGCCCGCCAAAGAGCCCCCAACUUCUUGCCCCCACAAAGCUCAGCUAUGACACUGUUGGGACAUUACAAUCCAUUCGAUCUCCCUCACACUCCAAUUCUCCAGAGAACCCCAGAAACCAGCCUCCCCGGGUCCUGCGGGAUCCUGCUCAAGUCCAACCCCUGAAGGAGCUUGGAGUAAGCAACUGGCAAGGGCCCGCAGCCAGGCAGCCUCGCGUUGCUGAUCUGAAAAAGUGUUUUGAAAACUAAGAGCAGGGGUGUGGAGAGGACCCCGGCUCUCAAUAAAGCUGAUUUUCCCCCCUUGGCAAA